AUGUCUUCUCUCUCUGUGGCCAAUCUUUUCGGCGGCCUCGUCGCCAACGGUGCAAAGGUAUAUGUGACCGCCUUGUCCACCGACGACAUUCAAGGCGCAGUGGCCGAGCUCAACGAACUGGGCAAACCAGCCGGGGGUACUGCUGUAGGAUUUUCAAGCGACCUAUCAUCCAAAGAAGGCAUCGCAGCCGUCACAGCGGAGCUGGAGAAACAUGAAACUCACCUCGACAUCUUCUGCUCCAAUGCUGGCGUUCGACGAGAUCCGCUCCAGAUGUGCAAUGUCAAGUCUGCGUCACUCGAGGAACUGCAGGCGUCCAUGUGGUCUUCAGAGCAUUCCGACUGGGACGACACGUUCCGGGUCAAUGUCACGGCGCAUUAUUUCUUGUCGGUGGCUUUGCUGAAGCUGCUCGUGGCCGCGAGUGAGCUUGACCUGGGCAAUGGACGACGUGGGAGAGAUGAGGGACGGGGAGUCAUUAUCAUUACCAGCAGCUGCGCAAGUAUGCACAACUGUACCAACAUUGAUCUGACAAGCUAUGCUGCCAGCAAGGCGGCUAUUGAUCAUCUGGUGCCGCUGUUGGCAAGCAAAUUUGCCAAAUGGUAUGUCCGGGUCAACGCGAUCAACCCAGGCUUCGUGCCGAGUAAGAUGAACCCGGUCGAGGAGGGCAACAAUCAGUUUGCCGAACUGUUCAAAGCCAUGCCAGCGGCGCGGAUAGGAAAGAUGGAAGACAUUGCGGGAGCCAUCAUUUACCUGAGCAGUGAAGCAGGGGCUUAUGUCGAUGGUCGAUGUUUAUGCGUAGAUGGCGGUCGAGUGCUGUUGGCGAACGGCCAGUAA